AUGGCGACUACGGCCGCCAGCGGGCCACCUACGACGCGCGUCGACGUCCCCUCAUGGAAUGGCGAGGCUGACAAGUUGACGAGCUACAGGUUUGAGGUCUCCAUGUUUACCAAGAGCAUCAAGACUGCGGAGCGCUACGUGUGCGGCCCGCAGCUGGUGCGCGCCCUCGGGGCGCGAGUCCGGACGACGGUGGAGAGCUGCCCGGACAUCGACACGGUCGACGAGAUCGACAAGGAUGGCGUUUUGAUUGGUUGGAACAAAGUGUUCCAGUACGUAUUGGAGAAGCUGGACUUCACCAGCCUGAACGACACGGGCCUACUCGCGGAGGAGUUUUUCUUGAAGGUCAGCCGGAACUCAGGCGAGACCUUCCAAGACUGGGCCGCCAGAUUUGAGAAGAAGGAGCGUGAGCUGUUGGCGCAGCUUCAAGUCAUUGAUUCAAGCGUGACGGAAGUGAUUGCGAAGCCUCUUCGGACAUGGUGGUUCCUUCGGAAGUCCAAGCUAUCCCCUGUUCAACGUGGAGAGAUCACCGCCACGGCAGGUGGCGACCUCAACUUCGGCAAGACAUACAAGGCCUUGCUCACGCGUUUCCCGGCGGAGGCGCUGGCGGAGCUCGACGGCAAGCAGCACCGUAAGGCCUUCUAUGAGGACACGCACGUCGACGACGUUGAGGACGAGACUGGUGGAGAAGAUAUUGAUUACACAGAGGUUGUCGAGCAGCUGAUCACCCUCGCUGAAGAGGAUGAAGAUGAAGAGCCAGCUGACGACAACCCAGCGGACAACGAGGUGUUCGCAGAGUUCAAGCAGGUGGGCCGGAGCUUCAAGGACGCUCGCGACCUGAUCCGACGGCUUCGAGUAUCCUGCGACUACUACCCGGUCGUGUCGCUCAAGGACCCCGAUCGUGUGGCACCGCCUCCGAACCCGGGACGAGGUUUCCAGCGUGGCCGGGGCAAGAACGGUCGAGGCCGCGCUCGCUUCGACACGGGCAAGGGACGUGACAUGUCCAAGAUGAAGUGCAUCGCGUGCGGCGAAUAUGGUCACCGAGCGGCGGACUGCAACGAGAGGUUCAAGAAAGACACUACGAGAGAUGGAGCUCGCGGGACUACUCACAACGGCUUCGUCCUGUCCGCCCUCGACGAGUACCUCUACCUCCUGGAGCGCGACGGCAUCUGGGCGAUCCUCGACAUCGGGGCCACGAAGAGCCUCGGCGGCCUCGAGAGCGUCGAGAACCUCAUGUACGAGAUGCUGGACCAGCACGGCCAGGAGUUCCAGACGACACAGGACGAGUGCUCAUUCACCUUCGGCGACGGCCUCCAGAAGAGCUCGAUGGGCACGGUGAAGGGGAACGUGUUCCUCGGCGGGGACCUGACCGAAGUUAAGCUGUCGGUGAUGCCGAACCGCGUGCCGAUCCUCCUGGGCAUGGACAUUCUGACUGACUCGCUGAAGGUUGUGGUCGACUGCGGCCGGAACUGGAUCGGCCUUCCGACCAUGGGCAACAAGGUGUUCUUCUGCGAGCGCCUCUCGAGCAACCAUCUGGCCGUCAACCUGACGACGCCGCAGUGGUGGAAGGAGGUGCCGCUUUCCUUGCCGAGUGCCGGGUGCCUGACGUCCGAAGCGACGGCACCCGAUGUUCUGGUCGAGGAGCUGCCCGAGGAGGCCGCUCCGUGCAUUCGAAACACCUACCAGAGCGACGGAAACCUCGGCGGCGCGGACACCUACCAGAGCGACGGAAACUGCGACACGGAGCGGAUCGGCUCGAGCGACGGAAACCUCGAUUUCGUUCGGACGGACGGUCAGGGGAUAGACAACUUCGGCUCCAGCGACCCCGACGCCAGCAUCAGCAACAACACCAGCUAUUCCGGCUCCACCAGCGAAGUGGUACAACACCGCAGGGAAGGGCGGCUGCUGCGGAGCUCUGGGGAAGACCAAACGCAGGUGCAGCUGCUUCGGGGGCAAGAGCCACCAGUGCCUCAGGACCCCACAGCAGGGAGCACCCGGGACACCAGGAGCGGCGUCAACAGCGACAGCCAGCAGCGCCCCACCGAGCCCAGCGGGGGCUCAGCCAGUGACGAGACCUCCGAAGCCCGCGUGCUCUUGCUGCGGGACCCUCGGGAAGAAGAUUCGGGGGUGCAGCUGCCGCGGAGGCAAGAGCCACACGUGUACGAAGGCGACGGAGGUGACCAUCCGGGAGCAGGCAGUGGCUCUACGCUGGCGGCGCCUGUCCUACAAGCUGAACUCCCCGGAGGUGCAGGGGGGCUGGAAGUUCACUCCGGAGAUGCUCGACGACUCGGUACUGCCGGAGAUGGACUCGAAGAGGAAACGCUGAAGCAUCUCGACGACCAGGAUCUCAAGAUGUUCUACGAGAGCCACGACAAGGUCCUGGACGAGAUCUACCAGACCAUCGCCGAGGACCUGACGGAGCUCGGCAGGCCCUACCGCAUCGACCUGAUGGAGGUGUGCUGUCCGGAGGACUCGAGCCUCAGCAAGGCCGUGCAGGAUCAGGGAGGCAAAGUGUUCAGGUGCGGCCUCUUCAAUGGGAUCGACAUGGGAACGGCAACCGGGCUUCGACGCGCACUUCACCUUCUCCGACGACUCCGACCGCGCCGCUUGGUUCUCAGCCCGCCAUGUACAGCAGACUGCCCGAUCCAGAAUCUCAACCAGAAGACAGCUCAGCAGAAGGCCACGUAUCUGGCGAAGGUGCGCAAGGCCCGACGGAUCCAGCGGAACUGCAAGAGCCUCUGGGAAGACUCGAAGAAGAUUCACGACUGCCACACCGAGCUCGAACAGCCAGCUGCCAGCCGAAGCUGGACCAGGUCGCCCUCGAUCAAGGCGAUGCGCGACCAGAUGCACGAGACGAUCGUCCAUGGCUGUGCGUAUGGACUUCGCGAAGAUCGUUCCGGCCUGCUGAUGGGGAAGGCAUGGCGCAUAUGCUCGACAGACCCGGAGUUCGGCGCUAAGCUCGGCAGGACGUGCUCCAACCGCCCUGGCAGGGGCGACAACCACGCACGCCGCCCCAUCGAGGACGGACAGGUGGUGGCCCAGACGGCCUUUUACCCACCAGCACUGUGUAAGGCCUGGGCAAAACAUAUCCUGAAGACGAACACCAGCGCGAGGUACGGCAAGGAUAUCUUCACCAGCUUGGAACAGAUCCCAGAAGACGCUGAAGAGGAGAUGGAGGAGACCCUCGACGAGGACCUCUCGCAGGAUAACCCCGAGGCCAUGGACGACGAGUCGGUCAUGAAGGGCCUGGGCAUCUCCGAGACACCGACCAAGAAGGAGGAGCUGGAGAUAGAGCAACGGCUGACGCGGCUCCACCGCAACCUCGGCCACCCGAGCAACAAGACGCUGUACAAGAUCCUCAAGGCAUCGGGAGCACCUCUACAGGUGUUGGCCUCCGACGGUCUCGAGUGGCUCUCGCCGAAGCAAGACUCUUUCCUGAUGUGGUGUUCGGACCGCGGCAUCGAGCUGUGGAUUGCCCCGGGCGAGGCCCACUGUCUGAUGGGCAAAGUCGAGAGGCGCAUCCAGCUGUUCAAGCGAUUGAUGACGAAGCUGGCAACGCUGGACCCCGACUGCCCGGUCGAGGAGUUGGUGUCCUGGGCCGUGAGCGCGAUCAACAGCAUGGACAAGGUCGGCAACCACUCCCCGUUCGAGCACGUGAUGGGCGUCUCUGGGAUGCCGGCCUCGAGCAACCCGUUCGCCAUCAUUGACGGGGACACCGGGGAGACUCAGGAGCAGAGGCGCCUCCUCGCGCGCAAAAGCUUCCUGGAAGUAGAGUAUGCUGAGCGUCGGCGACACGCCGAACAGGCCCGCAACCGGGUCUAUCAGACCUGGAAUCCGGGGGACCUCGUCUACUUCUGGCGCAAAGGGAAAGGCCUUGACCCUCGCCCUGGGAAGAAGGGCGGAUGGUACGGCCCUGCUCGUGUCCUUGCUCAGGAGAAACGACACGUGGACGGGCGCGCCCGUCCGACCUCGGUCAUCUGGAUCUCCCACGGGAGCGUGCUCAUCAGGUGCGCCCCGGAGCAGCUGCGCGUCGCCUCGGAGGCAGAGAAGAUGAUCGUCGAAUUGCAGCGGCAGAGCAACCUUGGCAAGACCAUGACGGAGAUCUUGGAGACAGCCAAGGGCGGUACCUAUGAAGACCUUCUCGGACAAAAUCCUCCAGACCUCCGAGAAUACGAGCAUCCACCGCAGCCGACGAUGGCGAUCCCCGCGACCGAGGGCCAGACUCUCGAGAACAACAGCGAGGCGGGGCUCCCCUCGGGCGAGUCGAGACCUCGGUGGCGCAUGUCACACCGCGGACCAGAGCUCGAUCUGUACGUACCGCCGGAGAAGCGACAGAAAGGUGCAGACGAGGAGAUGGCCGACGCGCUGUUCGACAGCAACCACCUGGUCGACCUCUUCAAGGACAAGCUGGACAUCACCCUCGGCACCGACGAACAGCAGACCGUCUACUUUGAGUACUUGCAGGACGAGAACCCCACUCCAGACGGACGCCGAGGUUUGAUGAACCACAUCCUGGACAGCUUCGUCAACCAGCGCCGGAAGGACAAGGUGGAGCUGACCUGGUCCAAGAUGAACGCCACCGAGCGUGAGGAGUUCGAGGCAGCCAUCGCCAAGGAGACGAACAACUGGGUCCAGCACCAGGGACUCCGCGCUGUCCCGACAUCUCGGGUCAAGGACGCGGCGGACGUCAUCCGGGCAAGGUGGCUCUUCACCCGCAAGUCCGAUGGGAAGGCGAAGGCCCGGCUCGUCCUCCUCGGCUACCAGACGAAGGACCUAGGACAAGAGCCGACCGCCAGCCCCACCGCGUCGCGGCGCGCCCGUCACGUGAUGCUGACAGUGGCCGCCGCGAACCGCUGGAAGCUCAUCAAGGGCGACGUCGCCUCCGCCUUUCUGCAGGCCCACGACCUCGACAAGGACCUCUUCAUCGAGCCAGAUGCCGUCCUCAGAAAGGCCUUCCACGUGCAGGAAGGGGAAAUCCUCCAGGUCGUGAAGCCUGGAUAUGGGAUCGGCGAGGCGCCCCGGCACUGGUGGGAGACGGUCAAGCACGACUUUGCGAAUCUUCGACUCCAAGCCUGCGAGUUGGAGCCCUGUCUCUGGAAAGCACGAUGUUCCAGGACGGGUAUGCUCAUCGGUAUGACCAUGGCCCACGUCGACGACUUCAUCAUGGCAGGGGAUACCUCCCACCCUGAGUGGCAGGACAUGGUCAAGCAGAUCCGAGGGCUCUACGAGUGGGGCACCUGGGAGGACAUGAAUGACGGGCUCACCUCUCUCGAACAGUGCGGCGUCACCAUCGAGGAGAGCGAGCAGGGCUUCUUCCUACACCAGAAGUCGUACAUCGACAAUAUCAAAGAGGUCAAGGCGGCCAGCGGCAGUAAGCAUCGGACCACCGACAGCCUCAAGGACUCUGACAAGACGGUGCUCAGGGCGUUCUGCGGCGAGAUCUACUGGCUUGGCGUGAAUACCAUGCCAUUUCUCUUAUCGUGGGUAGCCGACCUCCAGAUGAAGAUACCAGCAGGUACUCACAACCUCUUCACGGCUGCUAACAACAUCGUCAAGCUCGUCAAGCAGAGCCGCCACAUGGGGAUCAGGAUCUACCGGCACGCCCUGGAUGACCUCGCCAUCUUCACCUGGUGCGACGCAGCCUGGGCCAGCCGCCCGGACGGACACUCUCAGGGUGGUCAUAUCACCGCUAUAUCCUCCAAGGCGGCCAUGGACGGGAAGCUCUCCGAGUUCACGGUCCUCGACUGGGGCUCCAAGAAGCUGCGCCGCGUGGCUCGGUCAAGCCUGGCGGCGGAGGUGCAGGAAGCCGGCGACGCCGAAGGCGAACAGAGCAUG